AUGUCUAGCAAGACAAACACAAACGGUGGGAGCAUCGAAACGCCUGCGGAGGAAGAGGCACGCCUGUCACAAGAACUUGCUGAUCUCCAAAGACCUCAGAAGAUCCUGAAACUGAAGGCUCAGAUUGAAGCAUCUCGUAAAGGCAAUCCUCUAGACGAUGAGCAAGCUCGACCUUGUUGCCUGACAAUAUUGAGAGCGGAAGAAAACGCGCACAGCGGGACUCGAGCGCAACUGGACGAAAAGAGCCUGGAGUUAGACAACCUCAAAGUCGAGUACUCCAACAGAGAGAAAGACCUUGCCGAUCUCAAAUUGAAGUUAAAGCAGGUGGAGGACGAGUUGAAGAUAAUGACUCAAGCCCGGGAUCAAGAGCAGAGUGCGCAUAAUCAGACAAAGGCUGGCUUAGAGGCAAUGACUGAAUCAAGAGAUCAAGAGCGGACAGCACACAACAAGACAAACACCAGUCUUAAAGCCGUGACUAGCUCGAGAGACGAAGAACAGACUGCGCACAACCAGACAAAAUCCAACUUGAAGGCAGUGACUCAGUCGAGAGACAAAGAACAGGAAGCCCACGAGCGAACGAAAGCCACCUUGCAAGCCGUGACCGAAGCGAGAGACCAAGAACGGGCUGCACACGUCAAGACAAAAGCCACCUUACAGGGCGUGACUGAAACCAGGGAUCAAGAACAAAAUGCACACGCCCAAACAAAAGCUAACUUGAAAGCAAUGACCGAAUCGCGAGACCUGGAACAAGUUGCGCAUGACCGGACGAGGGCCGACCUGAAGACAAUGACUGCGUCCAGAGAUGAAGAGAAGGCAGCACACCGACGUACAAAAGGCCAACUGGACGCCGUGACUGAAGAAAAUGAGUCGAUCUUAGAGGAGUUGGCGAGAAGGACCGUGCCACCUCCAGUGCGAGACAUUCGAUUCCAGGAGGGUUACCCCAAGCCUGCUGAAGGCGGUUGGACAUUGCUGAACGAUUCAUACAAGAUAAAUCACAAGGGAGAGGUUACUACUUACAAUAAGAAGGGGGGCAAGAUGUGGACGCGGUAG